AUGUUGACUGUGGCGGUGUUCAGAUUCGACGCGUACCAUCCCGGGCAACAGCGGCGAUUAAGCCUGUUCACCCUGGUGGCCCACCUCGUCAUUGGGGUGUGGCUACCAACACGGGUCGAGCGGGUGACUGAGCCCAGGCGUCGGUGCCCCGCCGCUACAACGUCUUUUGACAAUGGGCGUAAGCCGGGGCGCACCCGGGACGAGUACCUGUCCGCCUCUUCGGGGGUGACGACGUACGCGCCACUGCCGACUGUCCUGUGGAAGUCGUGCAAGGGUGUCGCGUCGUCAGCAGACUGCUGCCUCAAGACGCCCGCGACGGUCCGACCUCUCCUCCAAGCGCGACGAGACACCAGGCGACAGGACACCAGGCGACGUCUGUGUAGGAAGUGUGCAGCGGUGAGUGGACUAGAAGCAACCACCUUCGAGUGGCGCGUCCGCACCCGCACCCGUAUUACGGGGCACGUCUGCCAGACGUCUAAUGCAGGUAGACGACAACAGACGGCCUUUCCGGCGCCCACGCUGUCCCCGCAGGUCAAACUGUGGGCGUCGAGGGUUGAGCUUGGGUUGCCAGUUGGCCCACCCUCUGCCCGGUUGACGGCCCUGUCUGUUGACGGGGGUCCUACGCACGGUGUGGCUUGCACACGGGUUCACAUCAAGACCUCGUCGUAUCCUCGGAUCCGUUCGGGGAUGGACGGCAUCGGACAAGACAGCAAGUGGCUUCGAGGGCGCAAGUUCCCCUCGAUUCAAGACGCCGCCCCGAGGUACGGUCGUCCAGUGCGUAGAAGCAUGGACGUGCCUGGUGCAGGCCUCUUCGUGGCCCUCGGGACUAGUACCGCUGUUGCGGGAAGCUAA